AUGCCGGGGCCGCGGCCUCCGCCUGGUGAUUCCAGGCCAGGAGCAGCAGCAGGAGCUGCUGGAGCCACCAGAGCCCCAAAUUCCAGGAAAAAUUCCACAACUUCCCAGGGAAAAACUGCCAGGAACAGGGUCCUGCUGGGAGCUGUGCAGGUUUUUGAUGAGGAAGGGAAGAAUGUGACACCACAUCCCCUCUUCCAGCCAGACCCAAACGCUGUAACCAGGACACGUGGAAUCAGCAUUUCAACAACCAAGUCUGGCUUAAAUGAGACAGAACCUCAGCAAAACCCAGCUUUGAGCUUGUCUGGUGAGCAGGAGGAAGGGGAAGCAGCCCUGACAGAAGCAGAGCUGGAGCAGAGGGUGGAAAUGAUCCUGACAGAAACAGAAACGCUCUGGAUGUUGGAUCUGCCAACUGCCCUGGUGUCCACGGAGACACAGGAGGCUGGGAGAGUUCUGGAGAGGAAUAAGAUUUAUGCAGAGAUUUGCAAUGCUAAAAUUGACAGUGAGUACUUCGAAGAAAAAAUGGUUCAAACCAUCUCAGGAGCUGCCAAAACCAAGGAAGUGCAAUGUGAGAAAAUCACCGUGGCAGAGAAAGGGAUGAUGGUGACUUCCUGGGAUUUGGAUCAUUCACUGGAAUCCUCAAAAACAGAACCUGCACACUCAGAAAAACCCAGAACUCCAGCAGGGAAAAGCAGCAAAUCUCCUUCAGCUGAAGAGCACAGUCAGGCUGUCCUUUCUGCCACAGAGAGUGCUGUUCCUGCCAGGAUCCACGAGGAGCAGGGAUGCAGCUCAGAGGAGAUUUUAUCUUCAGCAAACCUGCAGCACCAUUUAGUUGUCAUGGAGAGGAUUCUCAUGGAGAACAUUUUCCAACCCAAACUCGCACUCUAUCGGCACAUUCCUGUCCUGACAGAACCUGUUGUUACCUCAGAGCCUGAGGAAGGAGCUGAAGAGGAAGAGGAUGAGGAGGAAAAGGAAGAGGAAGAGGAGAAGCAGGAGGAAACAUCAGCUCCAAAGCAGAGCCCAGCAGAAGGUGCAGGUGCCAGCCUGGAGCAGCUCUGGUCAUACAGGUGUGAUUUAACCUGUGGUCACAGUGUGAGCAGCAUGGCCUGGAACAAAGGGAACCCUGAUCUCCUGGCAGUUGGUUACACAGAGUUUGUGUGUCAGGAUCAGAAGAAAGGCCUGGCUUGCUGUUGGUCACUCAAGAACCCCAUGUGGCCAGAGCGAAUUUUCCGCUGUGAUCACGGCGUCACUGCUGUGGAUUUUUCCCUGGCCAGCCCCAAUCUGCUGGCAGUGGGGAUGGCCAAUGGAUGUGUGGCCAUCUAUGAUGUCCAGAGCCCCAAGGACACGGCGCUGCUGGACAGCAGUGCAUCCCUAAAUAAACACAAAGGUCCCGUGUGGCAGCUGAGGUGGGUGGAACAGGACAGAGGUGACAAAAGAGAGAGGCUGAUGUGCAUCUCAGGAGAUGGGAGAAUGACCCAGUGGUUCAUCCAGCAGAGGCUGGAUUGCUUUGAUGUGAUGAAAAUCAAGCGAACACAAAGUGGCAAGAAAAAAUUACCAGGUGAGAGAGAAAGGAAAAGUGAAGGUCCCAUAUCCCAAGAGGCAGCUGGAAUGUGCUUUGACUUCCAUCCAGAGGAUACUGACAUUUUUCUUGCUGGAACAGAAGAGGGUCUCAUCCACUGCUGCUCGCGCUCAGGCAAGGAGCAGAUUUUGGGGACAUACAGAGGCCAUAAGGGCCCUGUGUACAAAGUCGCCUGGAAUCCCUGCAGCCCGGCCACGUUCCUCAGCUGCUCUGCAGACUGGAGCAUCCUUUUGUGGCAGCGCCGUUCCCGCAGUCCCCUUUUAACUUUCACUUCUGUCGCUGCUUCUGUUCACGACAUCAAAUGGGCGCCACAAUCACCUUUGAUCUUCGCGGCAGUGAACGAGAGGAGGGUGGAGAUUUGGGAUCUGAGCGUCAGCGUCUUCCAUCCCGUGCUCUGCUGUGCUGCCAGCCCUGAGGGCAAUCUCAGCUCGCUCCUGUUCACCAGCAAUGCCGAGUGCCUGCUCCUGGGGGACAGCCGUGGCCAGGUGGGGGUGUGGCAGCUGCACUACCUGGCUGUCCCCAGCACCGAGCAGGUUGUUUCCUUGUGUGACAUUGUUGCUCCUGCUGGAGCUGUUUAA